GUUAGCAAGACGGACGAUUUCUUCUUCUACACUUCCGGUUGCCCUCUGCUGCGUUCUGCCGCCCUCCACAGGAAUCUCUACCAACAUGUCCUAUCAAUAAACAGAACUAAAUGAAUACCUUAUUUUAAAUAACAGUGAAUGUAGAGUAAAAAACGAAUAGACAAUACACGUGUAUAGUGUAAUGGAAAUACAUAAGGUACGUUUUAAUUUAAACAAAGAGCUCAAUUAUUUUAUGACUGAUUACACACAAUGCAUCUCCUAAAUAAUAUAUAUAUAUACAAUAAUAUAUUUCAAUUCAGUGAAGAUGAUCGAGGUUCCCAGUAGAAACGUUUCAGGUUUUGUGUGGUUCUAUUUUGGUCGAAGUCAGGUGACCAGUUUACAGUUGCAGCUAAAAUUAACCCUUCGGUUUACAGGCUACAGAAUUCAACUGGCCUUCUAUGGUGUGUGUGUGUGUGUGUGUGUGUGUGUGUGUGUGUGUGUGUGUGUGUGUGUCUCUCUCUCUCUCUCUCUCUCUCUCUCUCUCUCUCUCUCUCUCUCUCUGGAUGUCGGAGUGUGUGUCCUUUCAGAGCAGAGACCAGACGGAGACUAACACAAAGAGGCGUCGACCAGCAGGUGUCAUGGCGGUGUCUCAGGUCACGCCCACCUUGUUCCUAGGCGGGGCCGACGCCCCCCUGAACGGCGCCCUGGUGUCCCGGAAGAACAUCACCCUGAUCGUGAACGCCACGCUCAGCCACGCCAGCCCCUGCUACCCGGGGGUGGAGUGCCUGCGUGUCCCUGUUGCCGACCUUCCUGGCGCCCGCCUCGGAGACCACUUUGACCGGGUGGCCGACCGUAUCCACGGCAACUGGGCGGGGGCCACGCUGGUGCACUGCGCUGUUGGCGCGAGCCGCUCCCCGGCCUUGGUGAUGGCGUACCUGAUGCGCUACCGGGCAGUGACGCUGCGCCAGGCGCACCGCUGGGUGCGGGAGAGCCGGCCCUUCGUCAGCCUCAACGCCGGCUUCUGGGAGCAGCUGCUGCAGUACGAGAGGAGGCUCUAUGGGAAGAACACGGUGAGGGUGGCCGCGCUCAGAGAGACCUACAGGCCGGUCCCGACCUCAACUAUGAUGUCACCAAACAAGCUGAGAACAAAUCCUUCUUUUAGGGCUAAACCUACAUUGCCCACAAUGCAACAGCAACUCUGAC